AUGAAGGACGCUUCAUGCCCCAGCUCUCCAGCGCCCUUGAUGGCUGCGUGGAAUACCAAAUCACAGGUUCACUUGAUCGUGGGUUCGAACCCAAUCGCCGCCGCUCGUUGCGCAAAGAGUAUAGAAGUCGGCGCAAAGCCGAUCAUCAUUGCGCCGGAAACAGAUGACAUGCAUUUCACGCUUUCUGAACAUAUUUCAAAUGGCUCUGCUCAAUGGAUUCGUCAUGAGUUCCAGGAUAAGGACUUAACAACCCUGGGCAGGGAAGAAGUUGAUCACGUUGUGGACUUGGUCUUCGUGACCUUGGGUAGCAACAACUCUUUGAGCUCACACAUCUCAAAGCUCUGCCGACGCCUCAGGAUCCCCGUAAAUGUAUCAGAUGCACCGCAGCUUUGUUCCUUCACGCUACUGUCCACAUACUCAGACGGCCCUCUGCACAUUGGAAUCACGACAUCAGGUCGGGGGUGUAAGCUUGCUUCUCGGCUCCGGAGGGAGAUUGCCGCCUUCUUGCCUCAAAACCUUGGCACGGCCAUCGACAGACUUGGUGCCGUACGGCGACGAUUGUGGGAGGAGGACAAUGCCGCUGGAUUAGGAGACACAUACGAUGGGGAGGAUGAUGAUACCACAGCACAAAAACACACAUUCAACAACUUGGUCACAGAAGGCGAUGUUGUCGCCGCAAAGACGAGAAGAGUACGUUGGCUCUCUCAGAUCUGCGAAUACUGGCCUCUCCGAAAGCUCGUGUCCCUCACCGAUGCGGAUAUGGAUACAAUCCUGGAAGCCUAUUCAUCUGGGAAUGGCACUGCGAAUGGCACAGACGGUCUCAACACACCAUCUAGGAAGGGGAAGAUCGUCCUCGCCGGCUCUGGCCCUGGUCAUCCAGAUCUACUCACUCGCGCUACUUACAACGCAAUUCACAAUGCCGACCUUAUUCUCGCGGAUAAACUCGUCCCUGCCCCAGUUCUGGACCUGAUCCCUCGCCGAACCGAAGUCCACAUCGCGCGAAAGUUCCCCGGCAAUGCAGACCAAGCGCAGGAAGAAUUCCUGCAGAUGGGCCUGGCCGCUCUGAAUCAGGGACGGCAAGUCCUCCGCUUGAAGCAGGGAGACCCAUAUCUCUAUGGACGUGGCGCAGAAGAGUUUGAGUUCUUCAGAGCGGAAGGCUACUCCCCAGUCGUCUUGCCAGGUAUCACCAGCGCCAUGAGCGCAUCCUUAUUCGCCGAUAUUCCGGCAACCCACCGCGGCGUCUCCGACCAGGUCCUCGUGUGCACUGGAACCGGCCGAAAAGGGGCUGCUCCGAACCCUCCCACCUACGUACCCACUCAAACUGUCGUCUUCCUCAUGGCUCUCCACCGGAUUUCUGCUCUCGUGGAGUCUCUCACUUCCUUCCCCGCCGAAGAAGCUGGUUCGCAGUCGCGCAUACUCUGGCCUAAGGAGACACCCUGUGCAAUUGUUGAGCGGGCUUCAUGCCCAGAUCAGCGUGUCAUUCGCUCGACCCUCGAGCACGUCUGCUUGGCCUUUGAGGAGGCAGGGUCGCGGCCACCAGGGUUGCUGGUCGUUGGUGCCAGCUGCCACGUGCUGCACAACCCUCAUGGUCAACGAUGGGUGGUCGAAGAGGGAUUCCAUGGACUGGACGAGCUUCGCAGUGAGGUGGAUGCGAUCGGUGUUUCAUUGGACGAGAAGAACUGA